AUGAAGUCAAUGUACCCUUUCCCCGGUCUCCCCGACGACGAAGAAGCAGGCCUUGAUUGCGGCUUCCUCGUCAUGACGGCCGAACAGGUCAAGGACAUCUUCGAGCCUGUUGUCAAGGAAGUGUGUGACCUCGUCCAGGGCCAGGUUCGCGAUCUUCGCUCCAAGGGCGGUAUCGUCUCCGGCAUCAUCCUUGUCGGCGGCUUUGGCCAGAGCGACUAUCUCUACCGUCGUCUUAAGACGCAUUUCGCGAGCGCCGCCCCGCCUCCCUAUACCGAACGCCCGACACACGCCACGGCCACGGCCCUCACCGAGGCCGGCUCCAUCGAGGUCAUGCAGCCCGUCUACGCCUGGACAGCCGUUGUACGAGGCGCCGUCCUCCGUGGUCUCGAGGGCAGCAUGGUCAUAUCGCGCAAGGCCCGCAUGCACUACGGCACCUCGUAUGCCACAGUCUAUGACGAUGAAAAGCACUCCGUCAGCGAGCGCUACUGGUCACCUUUGUGGGAACGCUGGAUGGUCUCCGAUCGUAUGCAGUGGCACAUUGCCAAGGGCGAGGCCAUCUCGCCCGUGUCUCCUAUUGCUUUUCACUACACGCGCAACUUCCGCCCUGGACAGAGCCUCGUUGUCACGGACGAUCUCAUCGCGUGCGAGGCUGAUGAGCCGCCGGUCGCGUACGGGCGGGAUCUCGUUAACGUGUGUACACUAACGACGGACCUCAACGCCGUGCCGCGAAGCUUAUUCACGAGGCUGACAACGACGAGGGGUGUCGAGUUUGAUAAUCUCGAUUUCACGCUAGAAAUGAUAGUCGACAGCGCAGGUCUCGGUUUCGAGCUCAAGGUCGAUGGCGUCCGAUAUGGACGUGUAGAGGCAGAUUUCCACUGA